GUUUAGUGUGACCUUGUAUUGUUGACUUCUUGAAAUGUAGGUGCAUACAUAUGUCGUUCACAGUUCAUUUAUGGGUUGCGCUUGUUUGUUCUGUUUAUUGUUGAUGACUGAGGUAAAGUCCAGUGGAGAGUAGAGUAGGGAACUUGUUCGUAGUGCAGAAGAUGGUCAGUUUCACACACUUGUGAAAUCAGAGGCAACUGCUUAAGAGAAGUAGCCUCGGUAUAAGGAACAUGGGUGUGUAACGUUAUGGUGGUUCAUACAGAUUUAGUGUGGAUGAUGUCACCUUGCUCAUUCUCUUCUUGCCCCCCAACUGGGUGGCUAACUGGCUAGCCAUUUUGUUUACCUGGAUAGAAUGACUGCAUUUUAUAGUGUGAAGUUGUGGUUGGGUGUGUCUUAUGGGAUGAACAUGAUCUAGACUGACCACUUCUUCUAUCAAGGUGGAAAGCAACAAUUGGUUGGCAGUGAGCGAUUACAACCUUACCAGAGAAAGCUGUGGUAGACGACCUACUUAAAGGGAUUUUAAGGAUUUCUAAUUAGGAAAAUAUGCAUUGCUGGCGGACUUGGAGUCGACGACCUCCCACAUCUCCAAGCGGCCAGUGUUUCUGCCGGACGAGACACCCUACUCUUUCCCCACGGGAGGACAGGCCCCUCCCCCUGUACCACCACCUCCCUCUGCUGAGGCCCUGAAUGGAACCUUGCUUGACCCCCUAGAUUCCACCCCCUUGUCCACACAGUCCUACAGCCCUGCACAGAAAAGCUUGUGGUCCAGGGACAGCAGUAGCCCCCCCUUACCACGAAGCGAAGAGGACCACGUCUACAGCUUCCCCAACAAACAGAAGAGUACGGAGGCUGCAAUGAGCUCCUCCCUGGGCUGCAACCUGUCCGAACUGGACCGGCUGCUUCUGGAGCUCAACGCUGUGCAGCACAACACACCCUCCUUCCCCACUGAGGAAGAGUCAGCUCCGCCCCUCCCUUCCAGCAGCACCACCCAUUAUGUGCAGGCGAACGGGGUUUCUGGGGCAGGCAAGUUGCCUCGCCCCACCAUGGAGAAGCCAAAACGCAGCGUGGCCACCAGGCCACCAGUCAUAGAAGACGUGCGCCCCAGCGCCAAGAGCCUCCUUGAUGAGCAAGAAAGUUCUGUGCCCUCUCCCAUCCCCACCCCAUUGGUGGUAGAGAAGUUGGGGGAGGAGGAGACUCCCUCCCAGCUGCAGGCCAGAAUCUCAGCCUCCUCCGCCACGCGGGAGCUUGACGAGCUCAUGGCCUCGCUGUCCGACUUCAAAGUCCAGAGCAACAUCCUGGCCCAGGGGAAGAGCUCACCCACGGCUCCCCCCAAACAGGCUAACAAGCUGGACAACAUGCUGGGCAGCCUCCAGUCAGACCUCCAUAAACUGGGCGUCCAGACUGUGGCCAAGGGAGUUUGUGGGGCCUGCAACAAGCCCAUUGUUGGACAGGUGGUGACCGCCAUGGGGCGCACAUGGCACCCAGAGCACUUUGUGUGUACCCACUGUCAGGAGGAGAUCGGCUCCAGGAACUUCUUUGAGCGGGACGGAGCGCCUUACUGUGAGAAGGACUACCAUAACCUGUUCUCCCCACGCUGCCACUACUGUAACGGACCUAUCCUGGACAAAGUGGUGACGGCACUGGACAGGAACUGGCAUCCGGAACACUUCUUCUGUGCUCAGUGUGGAGCUUUCUUUGGCCCAGAGGGCUUCCAUGAGAAGGAUGGGAAGGCAUAUUGUCGAAAGGACUACUUUGACAUGUUUGCGCCCAAAUGUGGAGGCUGUACCCGCGCCAUCCUGGAGAACUACAUAUCAGCCCUCAACUCCCUCUGGCACCCUGAGUGUUUUGUCUGCAGGGAGUGCUUCACCCCCUUUGUGAACGGGAGCUUCUUUGAGCACGAGGGCCAGCCCUACUGCGAGGGCCACUACCAUGAGCGCCGCGGGUCCCUCUGCUCGGGCUGCCAAAAGCCCAUCACAGGCCGCUGCAUCACAGCAAUGGCCAAGAAGUUCCACCCCGAGCACUUUGUCUGUGCCUUCUGCCUCAAGCAGCUCAACAAGGGCACCUUCAAAGAGCAGAAUGACAAGCCCUACUGCCAGGGCUGCUUCAUCAAGCUCUUCAGCUAGGGAGCUAGCCUCCCCCGGCCUGUUUGUGUGUGUGUGUGUACGCGCUUGUGCGUGUGUACAGCUGUGUGCGCGUUGUGUUCCAAAUCUCUACUGUUCUGCCCUAAGUGUGCACUUGCUCACUUCCCUUCAUGAAUUUAAAAGGAAUUGACAGGUGUAAGAAAUAUGGUGGAAACUCCAGCCCAGUUCUAUCCCAAUCCAAUGCUUUUUAAAUGUGUGGGAAGGAGUACGCAGGUGCACACUUCAGAGAAAAAGAAGAGAAUCGGGCCACCGUGUGAGUGUGUAGGCUGGGAUAGAAGGCCGUCAGUGGCUAUGAUGAGGAAGCAGAGAUGUUCCUUACUGUGCAUGUAGCUGAGAUAAGCCUGGCCAUUAAACACCACAGCUCUCCCUACAGGUGCCUAUUUGGAGGAGUUGGAGGGAUGAUUCCAAAAUAUAUUUUUGUAGUUGCAAAACUCUAUCUGUGAAAUUGCAAAUACAUGCCUAUAAACUGUCUCUUGAUCUAAAACACACACAGUAAGAUUUUUAACUCGAGAAGAAGAAAAGCUUUCUGGUCUCUCCCUCCUUCCUUUCUCUUUACUUCUCUAAGACCAGUUCAAACACUUGGUGCUCAUUCUCAACUCAAUCAUAGAUCCCUCUCUGCAACCCUCAUGGGGGCAUUUUACAGCCUGGUAUGGCCAAGAUAAGUGUCCUAUUUUUGUACCCUUUUUUCCUAUGGAAACAUUCAUAUACUUACGAGGACUGCUCAGCAACAGAUUUAGUAGAUACAUAUUCCUUUUCCUUGUUUGCAUAAUUUUCUUUAACUGAAGUGUGUUUGUACAAAAUAAGACACACAUUGUUUUAAGAGGCGCGCACACACACAAGACUACUGCUCUUUUUGUGCUAUGGACUCUCCAUUUCUAAUUUCAGUACUUCAGUCUUUGCUUCACCGAUUCUCAUAUUAAUUCUCAUUCAUGUAAAUCUGAUUUCAAAAGGACGUACAUUUACAUUUUUUUACAUUUAAGUCAUUUAGCAGACGCUCUUAUCCAGAGCGACUUACAAAUUGGACAUUUGAAUAUUGUCUUGCCCUUUAGGUGGACAGAGUGUGGGGGUGUUUGGGUCAUUUUGAGUACCGCACCUCUUCAUCUCAGAGGAACAAUUCUCAUCCCCCACUUUCCAUUAGCUUUGGGUAGGGAGGCAUCUCUUAGCCUGGCAACCAAACUGAGCACAGUGUUCUUCAGUCUGGUGUAACCAGGCUAGUUUUUCUUUCUAUGAGGAAAAUACUGGAGCAUGUUGAUUUGAAACAGAACAUGUUAAUUGUGCAUUGUACCUUUUUAUUUGCUACUGUAUUCGUCCACACAUUUAGCCAAGUUUUAAAAUUAAUUAAUUCCGAGUGAAUGGGGAGUGCAUUUCUUGGGGCAAUGUUUUGCUGUAAAUUUGGCUACUGACAAUGUGUGUGUUUUCCCUCAGUUACUUAAAGACAAAGCAAUACA